ACUUAAUGAAAGGAAGUGGGUGUAGGCUACGCUACUCAUUUAUCCAAAUCGUGCAGUGUUGCACAUAAGAGUUUCUGUUGGACAUUUUAUGGUUCCGUAAGGCCUUCCCUGUUUCGUUCCUUUUGCUGUAGUUUAAGAAACGUUUUGCGACAGAAUCUGCUGAAUGAAUACACUCCAUUUCACACAGGCAGAGAAGCUCGGUAUACACGCUCACACAGAGCGCAUCUUCGCAGUUGACUAGAGCUACUUUUUUAUUAAUUUAAAAAGGUGGCUACUUUAUCGUGGUUCACGAAAUGUUCGAUUAUUGAAAUGAAUGCGGGAACCACGUUAAUCAUCAUUAGCAUACACGUUUGACAAGAAGUUACACUCAAAGUGAUUUUCGAGGAGGGGGAUCAGUCUGUGCGAAUCAAGACGCGGAUCCGACGCUAUAGGCUACCAAACAAGAUAACGAUGUCUGGAUCUUAUUGCAAAAGUUUAUACUCCUUCAGCGGGGAGCAACAUCAGCAGGGUUUGACUUUCAAAGUGGGAGAAAUCAUAAAGAUAGUUCAGCCGUUGCCCGGCGGCUGGUGGGAAGGAGAGUUGGAUGGAAUCCGGGGAUGGUUCCCUUCAAGUUAUGUUCAAGUCUUAGAGAAAACUGCGUCUAUGACCUCACUACCUAUGGAAGACCUGGGGGAACCGCUCCCUCCCAACUGGAAGUGCUACAUUUCCCCACAAGGGCGGCAGUACUACGUCAACAUCGCCAGCAAGGAGACAACGUGGGAGAGACCUUCCAGUGUACCUGGGACCCCAAAAACCCCUCUGAAACACAAGAACUCACUACCAAUAGUGAAUGGGUUUCACUCUAGUGGCAGUCCAUUGCAUCAGAAGGAAAACUCCCAAGUCAGUCUGGUCAGAAAGCCCAGCUCAGAACCGCAGAGUCCAGGUCCUACAUCACCAACCCGGAGACAGAGCAAAGAGACAACUAUCACAAUUAACUGUGUGACAUUCCCGCUUCCUAUGUGUAUGCCUGAACAGCAGCUGCUGAAGCCAGACGAGUGGAGCUACUGUGAUUACUUCUGGACCGAUAAGAGGGACCCUCAGGGUGCUAGUUCUGUCUCAGGGUUUGAGGUCUUACUGCAGAAACAGCUGAAGGGCAAACAAAUGCAGAAAGAGAUGGCUGAGUUUAUACGAGAAAGAAUAAAGAUAGAAGAGGAAUAUGCCAAGAACCUCUCUAAGCUGUCACAGAUUCCUCUCGCUGGACAGGAAGAAGGUACUCUGGGGGAAGCCUGGGCUCAGCUGAAGAAGAGUCUGGCUGACGAAGCUGAGGUUCACCUAAAAUUUUCCUCUAAGCUCCAGAGUGAAGUGGAGAAGCCUCUGUUGACAUUCAGAGACAACUUCAAGAAGGACAUGAAGAGGUUUGACCAUCACAUUGCAGAACUACGGAAACAGCUGGUUGGACGCCACACAGCUGUGGAAAAGGCCCGCAAGUCUUUGGCGGACAGACAGAAGGACUUAGAGUUGAAGACUCAGCAGAUGGAGCUCAAAUUAAACAACAAGAUUGAGGAGGACAUCCAGAAGGCCCGGCGGAAAUCCACACAAGCAGGAGAUGACCUGAUGCGCUGUGUUGACCUGUACAACCAGUCACAGUCCAAAUGGUUUGAGGAGAUGGUUACAACAAGCCUGGAGUUGGAGAGGUUGGAGGUAGAGAGGGUCGAGAUGAUACGACAGCAUCUAUGUCAGUACACCACCUUGCGUCAUGAGACGGACAUGUUUAACCAGAGCACCAUGGAGCCAGUGGACCAGCUGUUACAGUGUGUGGAUCCAGCUAAAGACCGAGAGCUCUGGGUCAAGGAGAAUAAGACGGGAGACAUCAGGCCUGUGAACAUUGAGAUAUAACACGCCUGCUUCUCGGGGUCACACACUUGGAUCCGAGGCCUGACAUCUAAAUGGGGUCUUCAACACCAUCGGGCCCAUCAGUAAAGAUGACCUCAGGACGUCUAGAUGCCCUUGAGGAGGACGUGCCUGACAGACAGUGUUCAAUAUGCCCUACAGGGACGGCAGAGUGUUUGCGGCGCCAACUUGGGUGAGGGGAAUAUUUUCAGCAAAAUGACCGAACGCCGUGGACCUGUACAUACUGUAUGGGCCUUAUUAGAAGCCUAGGGGACUGAGCCUGUGUGUUUUUGAAACACACUGUAAAUUGUUGCGCAAGGGAAAUACUGAUGCAGAGAUUAUGAAAUCGAACAGCUGCUGCUAUGUAUUAAACUGUACUUUUAAUGCUUUCCAAUAAAAAUAGUAUAUUUUAUCUGCGCCAUAAAAAAUUGGGGUGAACAAAAUAUUUUUAGGUCGAACAUUGAUUCAGGAAAUCUAUAUCAAAUUAGUGUUUUUGAAAGUUACUGCCCAGUGUUUCUAGAUUUUAUAUAAAAUAAGACACAGUUAUUUACAAUUUGAGGGAAAUGGUUUUCCAUCCAAAUAUUUUUAAUUGUUAACAAGCAGCUUUUCUGUGUAGCAAUGGAGUGGGGUGUACUGGUCAUUAAAGAUUUUAUUGCAACUAGACUGCUGAUUGGCCUGCUCAUCCUCCUCAGGAGAAUGAUAUCAUGUUGAAGUGUUUUAUUUUAUUUAUGUUUUGGCCACAUAAGAAUAUAGAGCAAGUUAACAGAAUAUUACAUUUUAAAAGUGAGAUUUUCACUGGACGGUUACUUGAAGAGAGAUUGACAUACUUAACACAUCUAGAAUAUGUUGUGAUGUUUCUCCAACACAUAAAAUCUAUCAAAGGUUUCAGCAGAGUCUAUGAGGCUGUACAGCUGCAUGUCUGUUAUAAGGGACUGUGCUUUAGAUGUGCUUUAGAUUUUGUAAAUACAAGAUGAAUGUACUGUACAGUAUGUAAGAUAAUGAGGUUUAGAAGUAGAGACAGUGAAGGACGCUGCAUAUUGUGAAAUAAAUCUGCAACAAAACUGAUGAUAAUGAGGUGUACAGAAAAAAGGAGUGGUGGUACAGAUAAUAUAUUAAACUGAUUUUACUAUGCUUAUUUUUUUACCAAAUGCAAAUAACUUUCAGAGACAGGCGGACUGGAUUCAUAUCCUUAACUGAAAUAUUUGCUUUUACAUUACAGUAUAGCAUUAUCCCAUUUCUUUCCUGUGCAUAAUACACAUGUCCACUACAUGUUGCUACUAGAUGAUUACAUGUUGUACAGACUCUUACAUUAAUAUACUGUCAGUGGCUCCAAACUCUGGUCCUUGAGUACCCAAACCAGAACAUAUUUCCAUUUUGUACACCUGAUUCAACAAGCCUACAAAUCACCAGGCCCUCAAUUCAUUUUAACUGGGAAAACAACUGAAAUGUGUGCUGUUGGGUGUAGUGGAAGACCAGAGUGCUGUAAAUGGUGUAACACAAACCUUUUGAUGUUCAACUUCACUGAAUUCUCCAUAUUACAUCAGUGCUAAAUGUUUGGCAUUAACGUGUUUUACAUUAAACUAUAUAACAAAA